AUGGGUGGAUGGCGUGAGUGUCGCACAGAUGUGUGGCAUUUGAGCGCACGAUGUGAUAGAGUGGUGACGCCAUUGUCUGCUCAGUGGCCGAUCAUGUCCUCCAUCGACGCCAAUGAGUGUAAUAUCAAAGUGGUGUGUCGUUUCAGACCACUCAAUGACUCGGAAGAGAGGGCCGGAUCCAAGUUUAUCGUGAAGUACCCGCAAAACACUGAGGACUGUGUCUCCAUUGGGGGCAAAGUGUAUGUCUUCGACAAAGUCUUUAAACCGAACGCAUCCCAGGAGAAGGUGUACAGUGAGGCCGCACAGGCCAUCGUGAAAGACGUUUUGGGCGGAUAUAAUGGAACCAUCUUUGCUUACGGACAGACCUCGUCCGGCAAAACACAUACCAUGGAAGGCGUGUUGGGCGACACUCUCCUGCAGGGAAUCAUUCCCCGCAUUGUCAGCGAUAUAUUCAACUAUAUCUACUCCAUGGACGAGGCCAUCGAGUUUCAUAUCAAAGUUUCCUAUUUUGAGAUUUACAUGGAUAAGAUUCGUGAUCUACUCGAUGUAUCAAAAGUGAAUCUUUCCGUUCACGAGGACAAGAAUCGGUGCACUUUUGUGAAGGGAGCGACUGAACGGUUUGUCACGUGUCCUGAAGAGGUGAUGGAAGUGAUAGAUGAAGGAAAGGCUAACCGUCACAUCGCUGUCACGAAUAUGAACGAACAUUCGUCUCGAAGUCAUUCUGUGUUCUUAAUUAACGUAAAGCAAGAGAAUCAGGAGAACCAGAAGAAGUUGACGGGAAAGUUGUAUUUAGUAGAUCUCGCGGGUUCUGAGAAGGUGAGCAAAACGGGCGCCGAGGGAAUGGUCUUAGACGAGGCCAAGAAUAUAAAUAAGUCAUUGUCAGCCUUAGGGAACGUCAUAUCGGCACUGGCCGACGGAAAUAAGUCACACAUACCAUAUCGUGAUAGUAAGCUGACGCGUAUAUUACAAGAAUCAUUGGGCGGCAACUCGAGGACAACGAUCAUAAUCUGCUGCUCUCCGGCCUCUUUCAACGAAAUGGAAACCAAAUCAACUCUUGAGUUCGGAAAGAGAGCCAAGACUAUUAAGAAUGUGGUUAUAGUUAAUGAAGAGUUGACUGCAGAGGAAUGGAAGAGGCGUUACGAAAGAGAGAAAGAGAAAGUGAAUCGCCUUAAGAGUCAGAUAUCGAGACUCGAACUCGAAGUGAACCGCUGGAGAGGCGGAGAGAGUGUACCGCUUGAAGAUCAGGCGAACCUCAAGGACUUGGAGGCCAGUACUCUGAGUUUGUCUGAAUCCGUACAGAACUUGAGUGCAGUGACGGGUCCCGUGUCUACGGAGACACACAUUUCUCAUAUGAUUACCUCUGAGCCCAUGAGUAAUGAGGAGAGAAUGAAGUUCGAAGAGGAGAGGACUCGACUCUACGCCCAAUUGGAUGAGAAGGACGACGAGAUCGACAAAUACAGCCAACACCUCGAGAAACUCAAGGAGCAAGUGGUCGAACAGGAAGAGCUGAUCUCCUCAUCGCGAAGGGAUAACGAACUCUUGCAACAGGAGACGACUCGUAUUCAACAAGAAAACGAAUCCGCAAAAGAAGAGGUGAAGGAAGUGUUGCAGGCGUUGGAAGAAUUAGCCGUUAAUUAUGACCAGAAAUCGCAAGAAGUCGAGUCUCGGAAUCGAGAGUUUGAGACUUUGAGUGAAGAUCUGAAUACGAAAUUAAGUUCAUUGAAUAGCACUCAAUCGGAAUUACAGCAAAUGAAAGAACAAAGCCUUCAUCAGAGGAAACGCCUGAACGAAAUGCUCACUAAUCUAAUGAAAGACUUGGGAGAAGUUGGCAUCAUUUUGGGGGCCAAUCCGAGCUCUGUUAUCGGCGAACUCAAAGUGGCCGGAGAUAGCAAUAAGAUGGAGGACGAGUUCACUGUCGCCCGACUCUACAUCAGCAAAAUGAAGAGUGAGGUCAAGGCAUUGACUUCGCGUACGCAACAAAUGGAAAGCCUUCAGACGACUUGCAAUAAGAAGAUUGAAUCCCACGAAAAAGAAUUAGCCGAAUGUCGUCUUCUCAUCAGUCAAUACGAAGCGAAGAUGAAGUCUUUACAGGAGUCGAUGCGUGACGUCGAGAACAAGAAGCGUUCGCUCGAAGAGGCUGUCGAUCAGCUGAACGAAGAGUGCACUAAACUAAAGGCCGCCGAAGAGAUGCACGACGUGACCAACAAAGAGAAGCAGAAGGAGAAGGAUUCGGUCGAGAAGAUGAAGAAUGCGUUGGAACAGCAGAUCGAGAAGCACAGAGAGAACCAUCAAAAGCAGUUAUCGGCGCUCAGGGAUGAGAUCGCAGAGAAACAGUCACUCAUUGAUCAACUGAAGGACGCGAAUCAAAAGCUUACGUUAGCUCAGGAGAGGCUUCAACAGGAAUACGAUAAACUCAAGACUGAAGAGCAGGAGAAGAGCGUCAAACUCCAGGAAAUGACUUCAUUGAACGACAGGCGCGAACAGGCCCGACAAGACCUCAAGGGUCUCGAAGAGACGGUCGCCAAGGAGUUGCAAACACUUCAUAAUCUCAGGAAACUAUUCGUUUCCGAUCUUCAAUCUAGAGUUAAGAAGUCGGCCGCAGGAGAGGAGACGGAAGACUCGGCCAAUUCUGGCGGUUCUGUCGCUCAGAAGCAAAAGAUUUCAUUCUUAGAGAACAAUUUGGAUCAGUUGACCAAAGUUCACAAACAGCUGGUUCGCGAUAACGCAGACCUUCGGUGCGAACUUCCGAAACUUGAAAAGAGAUUACGCGCCACAAUGGAGAGGGUUAAGGCUCUGGAGGGCGCUCUUAAGGAAGCCAAAGAGUCGGCGAUGAAGGAUAGGAAGCGAUACCAAUACGAAGUCGACAGAAUCAAAGAAGCCGUCCGUCAGAAGAACUUAGCGCGAAGGGGACACAUGGCUCAGAUAGUGAAACCUAUCAGAGCUGGUGGUGGCGGUGUAGCCGGCAAUAGGAACGCAGUGAACGCCAACAUCCAGAAUAACAAUGUCGUCCGACCCGUCUCACGGAACCCUCAGCAGCGUAACACCAAUAGAGAUAUAAUGGACAACUGAUAACUCUUUAUAGUAAUUAUAGUAAUAAUACGACAACUGAUUGUUUUAAUGAGAUUUUCAACUCUUUUUACUCUUAUUAAAUAUAUUAUAUCUUUUAAUAAUAAAAAGAUUUUAUCAUUUAUUUAUAAACUGUUUUGCAGUGCAAUAGUACUGAC